AUGGGUGGCUGGGGUUGGGGUUGGAGAAAGCCACCUACGGAAGAAAAAUCAUACAUAAAUCUAGAAUUUGACACUCAUGUUGAACUGUUUGUUAAAUAUUUUUUUAGAACUGCUGCCUCACCUACAGUUUAUAAGAAGAACAGAAAAUUUGAUCUUACUCUUUCUUCCAACGUUGUUAUUUCAUCACUAUUUUUUGAAAUUAAUGAAUGGAUGCAUCAUUCCUGUUUUGCAAUCAUAAAACUCAAUAAAUAUAUUUUAUUGGGGCACCUGGGCACCCGUUCUAUUGUGACUGUAGUUCUUGCCCCUUUUUUCUCUUCUCUAGCCAGUCCUUCCGACUCUGACAAGCCGAGCAGGUGA